UAAAUGAGUUACCCUACAUCCAUAAGCACACUGUUGGGACGUAGGAGCUUGGAAACGCGUCAGCUAUAGCGAAGUAGUAAAAGCACGGGGUCGAUUCUGUAUUGUGGAUUUCUCUCAAAUAAUUCGGAAGUAAACUGGAUCACUAUUGUGCUAAUCGGUUUAUAUUCCUUUCGUGUUGGAUAUCUGAACUUUGUAGUUAGUUUUCACUUCUACUACUUUGAAUGGACUAAGUUAUUCGAGAGGGAAAUAGCAUCGUGAGAGGCGCGAAGAGGACAGUUCUAAGUUCGCAUAGUGUUCUUUUUUUAGUGAUUAAAUGGCGUCCUUAAUUUCACAAGAUAUAUGGAAAACGUGGGAAACACAUGGCCACACUGAAUUUGUGAAACUGCUUGCGGGCUGGAUUGGUUCGAACUGUAGCAGUCUUCCUUCCAUUGAUAGCAAAGAGCUGUCUCGUGCCAUAUAUGAGUUCUUUUGGCAAGCCAUCAGAGGUGGAAUAAAGAAAGAUUUAGUUUUAUCAGCCAUUGGAGACAUUUUGGUUUUGCAUGGUGAUCUAGCAUCAGUGACACUAGAUGUUCUGAAUGUCAUUGAUCAUGAAACAUUGGUAAAUGAGAACAAUGAUGAAAGACAGAGAUUAUGCAGCAUGUUGAAGGAGCUGGAAAAUUGGCUUAGUGAUGCACUGAUUAAAGAACGUUUAGAAAUAGAUACCUUACAGGAUUGCAGUUUAUUGAAAACGAAAAAGAUAUUUUAUACUCGUUUCAUCAAGGUGAAGACAAAAUUGUUUUACAAACAACAGAAAUUUAAUCUUCUGCGGGAGGAGAGUGAGGGAUAUGCCAAACUCAUAACAGAACUAAAUCAAGAGAUUGAUGAUUCUAUCACUCCACUCUACAUUUUACAAGUUAUACAGUCUUUAAUUGGUUGCUUCAACUUGGAUCCAAAUCGAGUCUUGGACGUGAUAAUGGAAUCGUUUGAAUGCCGGCCACAGCUUCAUAGUCGUCUUUUUGUUCCGCUGAUUCGAUCGUACAUGUCCGAUUCCCUGACUUUAUGCGAAGUUUUAGGAUUCAAAUUUACAUCGUACGACCCGUCUUCUACCCCCCGCUCUUUGUUCGUCAUUACCGCGCUUUUACUGCAGCACGGUGUCAUACGCCUAGAUGAUAUUUAUCGCUGGCUUACACCCAAGGACAGCGAAAUCGAAGAGUCUGCUGCUAAAGAACUAGCAGACGCUAAAGAGUACUCUCGCCGAAUGAACAUCAUCAGUGUCCCGAAAGAAGAUGAAAAAAUAGAAGAAUUGGUUGAAGAAAGGGCACCGUACAACCAGAAGUUUGGAUUGUGUGAAGCUCUUCUUUCUGUUGGAGCCUGGGAACAAGCUUCAACUCUUCUUAAACGUCAUCCUGAAUUCUUCGUUACAUCUUAUCGCCCAAUAUCAAGCAGUAUCUGCAAGCUCGUCGAUUACGUCAUUGAGCCAGUGUAUCGUAAACGAUGUUGCAUUUCUCCAAAGCUUCCAGGAAAACCCGUUUUGGCGGUCGGUGCAUGGAAUUUUCCCAAGGCAGCCAAGGAAAUGAGGGAGUUGAGAGAUGCUGCUUUUCCUAUGCUGCUCUCCCUGGGGCCGCAUUUGUAUAAUGAUCCUGUUCUUCUACACAAAUUGAUCCGCUUGUGCAAUACUGCAUUGGAUGACUGUGGCUUGAAUAGUUCGAAGAAAGUUCAACACGAUAUGGAUUCAUUGUACUUCGACGUACUUACACUAUUUGACGUUGUAAUAUUGCCGUCGCUAGCCCUUAUGGAAUCGAAUUGUUGUGUCGCGGAAGAAAUCUGGAAUGUCUUGAAAAAGCUGCCUUACGAGCACCGUUAUCGCCUGUAUGGUCUAUGGAAGAAUGACACAUUUCAGAGCCAUGCAUUGCUUAUCCGCCGGAAAGUAGACUGCGUCAAGCGCAUUAAGUACAUCAUGAAGCGUGUGAGCAAGGAUAACGUUAAACCUACCGGACGGGUGCUUGGCAAGCUGAGUCAUAGCUGCCCUGGCUUUCUUUUUGAUUAUAUUCUGUCCCAAAUCCAAAUUUACGACAACCUGAUCGGGCCCGUUGUAGAUUCACUCAAGUACCUGACAAAUCUUUCGUAUGAUGUUCUCGGGUACUGUGUUCUGGAGGCUCUUUCGAAUCCUGACAAGGAACGCACCAAUCAUGAUGGUACUACCAUUUCAAUGUGGUUGACUGCACUAUCAGCUUUCUGUGGUGCCAUUUACAAAAAGUAUAACAUGGACCUCACUGGACUACUUCAAUAUGUUGCUAAUCAGCUGAAGGCGCAGAAAAGCUUGGAUCUUCUCAUUCUUCAGGAAAUGGUGCAUAAAAUGGGAGGCAUUGAAGCAUCCGAGGAAAUGACCAAAGAACAUAUGGAAGCAAUGCAAGGUGGUGAGCUGUUAAGAGCAGAAGCAGCUCAUUUUGGUCAAGUACGGGUUACAAAGAAGGCCGCUCAGCGUUUAAAGGAAACUUUGCUAGAACAUAAUCUGGCGAUACCCCUUUGCCUUCUCAUCGCCCAACAGCGCAACUGUGUCGUUUACCGAGAAACACAGAAUAACCAUCUAAAGCUGGUUGGUAAACUAUACGACCAAUGCCAAGAUACUUUAGUCCAGCUUGGGACAUUCUUGGCUCUGAACAUGAGUGUCGACGACUAUGUUAGACGCCUGCCGCAGUUAGGAUCUUUAUUAUCUGAUUAUCACAUUCAUGCUGACGUCGCAUUUUUUUUGGCACGCCCGAUGUUUGCACAUUCAAUCAAUUCCAAGUACGACGAGUUGAGGCGGGCUGAGAAGAACUCUAAAAAUCUCCUUCCAGCUCAAAAGACGCAAAAGUACUUAGAGGCUGUGCGACUGGUCAUGACUCCUAUUUGCGAAUCGGUCCGCCCAUUGUGCGCUCCUAGGGUGUGGGAAGAUCUCUCUCCUCAAUUCUUUGCUACAUUUUGGUCGUUGACGGUCUACGACUUGUCGGUGCCCAGCACUGCGUACGAACGUGAAGUGCAACGACUAAAAUUGGCGAUUCAACAGACAAACGAGAAUCGUGACCUACCUGCUAGUAAACGUAAGAAAGAGUUGGAUCGUUGUACGGCACUAAUGGAUAAGCUUCUGGAAGAAGAGAAGAAGCAAAAAGAUCACAAUGAACGUAUCAUGGCAAGAUUGACGCAAGAAAAGGACGGCUGGUUUCUUUGUCGAGCUGCCAAAUUAGCAAAGACGGAAACAAUCACGCAGUUCUUACAACUGUGUCUGUUUCCUCGCUGCGUUUUUACCGCUAUCGAUGCCUUAUUUUGCGCCCGCUUUGUACAGCUUAUGCACAAUUUGAAAACUCCCAAUUUUUCAACUCUGAUUUGCUACGAUCGCAUUUUUUGUGAUAUCACAUACACAGUGACCUCCUGUACAGAGAACGAAGCAAAUCGUUAUGGUCGUUUCUUGUGUGCCAUGCUUGAGACAGUAAUGCAUUGGCACUCCAGCAAAAUAUUUGACGAAGAAUGUGCCAACUACCCAGGAUUCGUCACCAAAUUCCGUGUUGGCAAUCAGCCCUCUGAAACAAAUGAUCACGUUGACUUUGAAAACUAUCGACACGUCGUUCACAAAUGGCAUCAUAAAAUUGCCAAGGCACUGGUUGUUUGUCUUGAAUCGAAAGAUUACGUCCAAAUUCGUAAUGCACUGAUCGUGCUGAUACGCAUCUUGCCAUUCUUCCCGGUGAUUACACCUCUAGGAUCGGUGAUUGAUCGGCAUGUUGAAUCGGUGCGCAAUGAGCAAAAGGACAAAAGACAAGAUUUGUCAGCAAUGGCGAUUUCCUACAGCGGGCAGUUGAAGAAUAAAAAAGCAUCAAUGAUUCCGGAAUACGACUUCCAUCUUGUGAACAGGAAACCUGUUACCAAAACGGCUCCCCAAAGUGCUCAUCCACCUGCUGGAACCACAAAUGCGGUUACACAACCCGAAAAUGGAGUUUCGAAACAUGAUGGAGUAAAUGGAGUGGAUAAAACGUCGACCAACCCACAGGACACUCCUUCCUCUACCCAAAGCGAAUCCCAAUCGAGUACCCCUGUGACCGCCGGCAUCAACAAGGAGAUGAAAAAGGAACUUCGAGAGACGAAUAAAGUGAAAGAAAAAGAAAAGGACAGGCACAAAGAUGUGAUUGAGAAGAGAGAGGAAACCAGCGACCGAAGCAGAGAGAAGAGGACCAAAGAACGCAAAGAAGAUAGAGAAGAUAGGCCACAUUCGGGCAAGGUUGAUCGUGAGGAUGAAUGGACGGAGCGUGACAGAGAAAGUUACAACGGAUCUAACGUUGAAGCUACCGAUCCCGACCGAGUAGAUACCAAACGCCGGAAGACGGAUGCUAAUUUAACCACCAAGAGUCGACCUUCUUCUCCUGAACGGGAACGCCGCCUAGAAAAGGCCGAGCGCAAGGAACGACGUAAUGUUCAAGAAACGGAAGAAGAACGUCGUGAAAGAAAAGGCGAACGUAAAAGAGAUCGACUGCUGGAGGAUGCUUUAAUGGAUGUGAAACGUCGCAAAGAGGAUGAACGAGAAAAAGUGCGAUCUCCACGACACGGAAACGGAAGUCCCUCGGAUGGAAACGGGGACAGAAGAGGACACAACAGGGAAUCGCCUCUUUCACGCGAAGCUUCGGAUCGAUCAUUUGAACGCGCAGAUAGACCAGAACGAGCCCGUCGUUCCACGGACAGUAAACGAAGAUGAGAAACGAGAAGUUAAAAACUGAAGCGUCUGCUCAUUUUUUUCAUUUAAAUUCUGUUUUUAGGGAAUUGAAUUUGUCAUGUUAGAUUCUUUCUUUAUUGAUUUCCUUGAGGCCUAGACAAUACAAUUCAUUUCAUCGUA